AACGUUUAAAAGUAUAGAUAGGGAAUUCAAAUAUUCAAAUAUUAAUAUUCUAUAAAGCCACAGUUUAAUGGAUUAUAACAAACCGUUCAGGUUAUAUAGUUUUGAAAAGUUUAUAUGUUCAUUUAUUUGCGUGCAAGCUAAUUAGAUUUUCACUUGAUGAGCGUCAGACCUGGCAUCCAGCUCCGGAUUUUAAAAGCGGGAACUGGGACGUUGAAAGAAACGACGAAAUUAAAGUUUACAGAAGGUGGUUUAAAAGUUAUUUUACUGCGUGUUGGAGAUACAAUUUAAUGAUAUGUAAUAUGAAAUUAAGUAAAUUCAGUUUUUAAGAGUUUUACUUGAACGUAAAACGACAUGACACGGAGGUAGACUUGUAUUUCCGCUUCAUAAGUGAGGCUGGACCUGGACGUAAAGUUCGUACAAAAGCUAACUAAAUAGGAAGCCCAGCCUCUUAACGCAGUCAUCGGUGCGUUUAUUUGUUUCUCCGGUUUUGUUUUUGUUUCCGGUUUGUUUGUAAACGACUCGUUUGAUUACAAGCAGCGAGCUGAUGGGGACUUCAUGGGGUAGAGUCAAGACUCAUCUGUUUUCUCGAUGAAAGAGAAUAGAAUGAAACCGAAACGCGCUCACAACCAUGCAGGACCCGACUGGCAAGGUAAAGUCGUAAACACAGGAGAAACGAGGACUGUGAGCAAGGCAAAGACAACAUCAGCACAAGUCAGACCCUUCACAGGCAAAGUGUUUUACCUGGACCUGCAAUCUAACAGAACCACUGAAACUUUGGAGAGCGACAUUAAAGAACUGGGAGGGACCGUUGAGAAGUUCUUAAGCAAGGAAAUUAAGUAUCUGGUGUCUAACAAGCGAGAGGCGAAGUAUGUUCACUGCCUCCGACAGGACUCUCCUGUCCCCAGCCCCGACUCAGGGCCGAGUUCACCGCACCCUCAGUCCGCACCGCAGCAUCCUGUCAACCAUGUGGACAAAUUCAAAACCAGGCCUCAGAGCCAGGCAGACACACUGGCCAAAAGCCGAGGGAAGUCUUUAGUGGAGAAAGUGGUGAAAGGACAGGGGAGGGUACAAAUGGACAGAAUCCUGUCUAAUGCAUUGGAGUGGGGCGUUAAAGUCCUUUAUAUAGAUGAUGUAUUAGCAUACGUUCAGAAGAAAAAAAACCUCAUCCGCAGCCGAGUUCCAGACGCUGCUGCCGCCGAAGUGCGAAACAAACCUGAAUCAUCUGCCAAACAAAACUUGCAAAAGUUGAAAGGGGGUCGGAUCAGGAAACCUUUCAUCAAAGUUGAGGAUUCAAGCAAGCAUUAUCGUCCGAUUUACCUCACAAUGACAAACAUGCCUGAGUUCAACCUGAAGACUAAAGCUCCCUGCAGUCCUUUCUCUCCCGUGGACAAAGAUCCUCCUGGAGACAAACCACAGGGACACAGAGGCGGGAAAGCUUCAGCCAGCGAGGAGAAAGCUCAAGGCCGAAAGAAGAACAGAGACAAGAAACGAGGUGGCUACUGCGAGUGCUGCAAGAUCAAAUACAGCAACUUCAAAACGCAUCUGCAGAGUGAGUGUCACAGGGCUUUCUCUAAGACGGAUGAAUACUCCGUUGUGGACAGGCUGGUUUCUGCGUUGCACUUCGAUUUCAUUCCCAUCAGAACUAAAGUCAAAAGGCCAAAGUGCAGCGUUUCCUCUCCUGUUUUUGUUGCUAGACCAAGUGGGGAAACUGAUAAAAGUGCUCCAGGAGGUCUCAGUCAUUUGGAGAGGACUGUUGAGCCUCGGGCUGCCGGUGCGUCCGGGGGAAUGAAAAUCAAAAACGAUUCCUCGCCUGCCUCUGCUCCUCCGAUCGUUUCAAAGAGAGACUGCUGGAACUGCAACACCUACUCAAACAGACCCAAACACAGAUCGCCUUCAUGUAAACAAACAUUCAGACAGAAGUCUUCGACUUGUGCCCAGACAGCCAAGCAAGUUCAGAUUCCUCAGUUAAAAUCUGAAACGUCGCCCUCUAGAGGUGAAUUUCAGGUCACAUCUCCUCUCGAAGACUCUGUGGUCCACCCGGUAGACCGAAUCCCCCGUAAAGGCACAAAAAGCCCACCCUCUUUCCUACAGACGACCAUAGAGAGCGACGUUUUGACUAAAAGCAUCAAUGUUGGGACACAGCCUAAAGGUACUAACACCGAUGAGUCUUGUCAUGGGUCAAAUACGUUCUCAGAGACUGGAAAUAAUCGGUCUGACGAGGAAGAAGCACGCCUUAAAACACCAGAUUCCUCUUUAGUCAGGAGGAUCCAGCGGAAGAUCCGUGUUUACAAGCACAAAAGACGGAAAGUGGACGUAAACAUUCAGCGUGUAGAGUCGAGCGAUGUUCCUGAAAACUCUCUGCUGAAGCUGUGGGAUCUUUUCCAGUCCAGUGAUGACAUGGAUGUUGAGUUUUAUGGCUUUGAAGACUAAAAACUCACAAAAAUGAAGGGAGAAACUGGACUUUCUGAGUCAAAUCUUAGGUUUAACCCAUUUGGACAAAAAUAGAAACGUUCAUAAAGUCUUGGAAAAACUAUGGGGAGAUACAUGAACGAUAAUAAGAAAAGCCAUAUUAAUUCCAUUUGUAAGCUACUAUUUGUGUUAAAAACGUCUGUGAGAACAUCAGAAAUUGUUAAGGGUUUAAAAUGCAUCAGGUUCAGAUAAUCGGCAGCUUUUCUUUUGCACAAUUAAAACCAUAAAACAAAGUAAAUUGUCGCAUGUUGGUUUGUGGCCAUAAAAUGUUGGACACGCUUAAUUCCCAAUUUGUGGGCCAUUUAUUUGCUAUUUUAACUAAAAUGAUUUGCAUAACUUUAUCAAAAUAAACAAAUUCAAA